AUGGCUCGAAUCAAGCAAACUUUUCAGAUAUCGUCUAGAGGGCAAGCACCGAGAAAAGAUUUCAAGAAUAUUCGUAACCUGGAAGCAACUAGAAAAUACCGCUACAAACCAGGUACCGUAUCUCUACGGGAGAUAAGAAAAUUCCAACAGAGCACAGAUCUCCUAAUCCCGAGGUUGGCUUUCCAACGCUUAAUUAAAGAGAUAGCUCUGUUUGUCAAGUCUCCCGUCCGUUUCCAGAGCGCAGCUAUCGGAGCUCUACAGGAAAGUGCAGAGUGCUAUCUUGCAACUCUAUUCGAAGAAGCCAACCUUUGUGCCAUUCAUGCCAAGCGCGUAACCAUCCAAAAGAAAGAUAUCGAACUUGCCCGGCGCUUGACUUCAGGAGGUUUACAUCCUUCGUUCUCGAUCAGAAAAACCAGCUGA